AUGAUUAUUGAGGGAGUACCUGUACGCUUCUACUAUCCCAUAAAUUCAGUAAAUAGUCUGUUUAAACUACUUUUUGUUGUUAUUUAUUAUCACGGAGGAGGCUUCUGCAAAGGUUUAGUUGGUGAGUCUUUUCGAAUAUUUCGAUAUUCGAAUGACAUCGUAAAUUUAGAAACUCAUCACCCAAUAACACGUGAAUUAGCUGUUCAAACUGAUUUUAUUGUCCUUUCGGUUGAGUAUGUGCUGAUUCAACAAAUAUCGUCUAUCACCAGAGAACAUCCUUUUCCAGUGGGACUGGAUGAUUGUACAAAAGUAACAAAGCAUAUCCUUGAUAUAGAUAAUGCGAACAAGAUUAACAUCGAUCCAACACGUAUUGCUAUUGCAGGAGAUUCAGCUGGUGGAAAUUUUGUUACUGUAAUUGCAACACGGUUUACCAACGAAAAUAUGACGAAAAACAUUCCAUGUCUUCAAAUUCUUAUUUAUCCUGUAGUACAAUUUUUUGAUUUCAUGCUUCCAUCGUAUCGAGAAGCGAAUGUAAAUAUUUUUGAUUCCGGAAAAAGUGGUUUGAUGCUCGAAUUAUAUCUCAAUAGGAGUAUUAGUGAUGAUAUACUUGCCAAUAAUCAUACGACAACUGAACAAAAGAAACAAUAUCGUCCAUAUGUAGAUUGGCCAUUAAUUCCAAGUAAAUAUCGGCAAACUUACAAAGAAUCAAUCAAUGACAACAUUGAUGGUGGCGCAAAUCUAAGAAAAAAUGCUCAACAAACAUUAGAACCCGAUUUAUCACCAUUAUUAGUCGAGAAUGAAAAACUAUCGAAAUGA